UGGGAAUUGGGGUUGCGGCGUCUCUUGGUACCUGCAGUUGUGAAAUCUGGCCUUUUGCGGCCAUCUGGACACCUCGACACUUUUUUGGAGAAGGGUCCCUAAUAAAGCCAAGUUUCCCACAGGCCCGUUCUACGCUCCGUCAUCCCACCUCCUUCAUCCACCAUCUUCAUUCCACAGCUUGACGACAGGUUUAUUCGUCGCUGCUAAUUGGAUUGAUUUGCGAUUUCUUUGUAGUUUAUUCUUUUCCCCCUACACCAAAAAACACCACAGCGGAUCGACGCCGAUUGCAUUCAAACGAUGGCUCGCUCACGCAGCACAAUGGCCCUUGGCCUCGGGCUCCUUUGUUGGAUCGCCCUCCUCUUCUCUCCCCUCGCCUUCGUCCAGACUGCUAACGCAGAGGUCGCUGACGACUAUGGCACUGUCAUUGGUAUCGAUUUGGGCACUACCUACUCUUGCGUCGGUGUGAUGCAAAAGGGCAAGGUUGAAAUUCUCGUCAACGAUCAGGGUAACCGUAUCACUCCUUCCUACGUCGCGUUCACCGAUGAGGAGCGCCUCGUCGGUGACUCCGCCAAGAACCAGGCCGCCGCCAACCCUACCAACACUAUCUUCGAUGUCAAGCGUCUCAUUGGCCGCAAGUUCAGCGACAAGGACGUUCAGGCCGAUAUCAAGCACUUCCCCUACAAGGUUUACGCCAAGGAUGGCAAGCCUACCGUUCAGGUUGAGGUCGCUGGCGAGAAGAAGUCCUUCACCCCCGAGGAGGUCUCCGCCAUGAUUCUCGGCAAGAUGAAGGAGGUUGCCGAGUCCUACUUGGGCAAGAAGGUUACCCACGCUGUCGUUACCGUCCCUGCCUACUUCAACGACAACCAGCGUCAGGCUACCAAGGAUGCCGGUGUCAUUGCCGGUCUCAACGUCCUCCGUAUCGUCAACGAGCCCACCGCCGCCGCUAUCGCCUACGGUCUUGACAAGACCGAGGGUGAGCGCCAGAUCAUUGUCUACGAUCUUGGUGGUGGUACUUUCGAUGUCUCCCUUCUCUCCAUUGACCAGGGUGUCUUCGAGGUUUUGGCUACCGCUGGUGACACCCAUCUUGGUGGUGAGGAUUUCGAUCAGCGCAUCAUCAACUACUUCGCCAAGUCCUACAACAAGAAGAACUCUGUCGACAUCACCAAGGACCUCAAGGCCAUGGGUAAGCUCAAGCGUGAGGCUGAGAAGGCCAAGCGUACUCUCUCUUCUCAGAUGAGCACCCGUAUCGAAAUCGAGGCUUUCUUCGAGGGCAACGACUUCUCCGAGACCCUCACCCGCGCCAAGUUCGAGGAGCUUAACAUGGAUCUCUUCAAGAAGACCAUCAAGCCCGUCGAGCAGGUUCUCAAGGAUGCCGACGUCAAGAAGUCCGAGAUUGACGACAUUGUCCUUGUCGGUGGUUCCACCCGUAUCCCCAAGGUCCAGGCUCUGAUUGAGGAGUACUUUGGCGGCAAGAAGGCUUCCAAGGGUAUCAACCCCGAUGAGGCUGUCGCUUUCGGUGCCGCCGUCCAGGCUGGUGUCUUGUCUGGUGAGGAGGGUACCGAGGACAUUGUUCUCAUGGAUGUCAACCCCCUUACCCUUGGUAUUGAGACCACUGGUGGUGUCAUGACCAAGCUCAUCCCCCGCAACACCCCUAUCCCCACCCGCAAGAGCCAGAUCUUCUCCACCGCCGCUGACAACCAGCCCGUCGUCCUUAUCCAGGUCUUCGAGGGUGAGCGUUCCAUGACCAAGGACAACAACAACCUUGGCAAGUUCGAGCUUACCGGCAUUCCCCCCGCUCCCCGUGGUGUUCCCCAGAUCGAGGUCUCUUUCGAGCUCGACGCCAACGGUAUCCUCAAGGUCUCUGCCCACGACAAGGGCACCGGCAAGCAGGAGUCCAUCACCAUCACCAACGACAAGGGCCGCCUUACUCAGGAGGAAAUUGACCGCAUGGUUGCCGAGGCUGAGAAGUACGCCGAGGAGGACAAGGCCACCCGUGAGCGUAUUGAGUCCCGCAACGGUCUUGAGAACUACGCCUUCAGCCUGAAGAACCAGGUCAACGACGAGGAGGGUCUCGGUGGCAAGAUCGACGAGGAGGAGAAGGAGACCAUCCUUGAGGCUGUCAAGGAGGCUACCGAGUGGCUCGAGGAGAACGGCGCUGACGCCACCGCCGAGGACUUCGAUGAGCAGAAGGAGAAGCUUUCCAACGUUGCCUACCCAAUCACCUCCAAGAUGUACCAGGGCGGUGCCCCCGGUGGUGACGAGGAUGCUGGUGACUUCCACGAUGAGCUGUAAAUGCAUAGAUGUGUAACGCAAAGCUAUAGAAGAGGUUUUGUCGUGUGAUUUGUGGAGAUUUGAGGCAAAGAUCCCUCAUUUUGAAUCUACAGGCACGCAAACACUGUAAACUAGACAUAAUUGAGUUGAAUCAAAAAGUUCACGUUCUUG